UAGAUAGUUUGAAACACAAUUUUAAACCUCACAAUCCUACAUAAAGGGUUCAAUGCUCUCCUUAGGAACAAUAUGCCACUAAUCAAAAAGAAAUGGAGAGUUGUUGAUUCAAGUCAACUAUAUACUAACAACUCAAUUAAGAGGGGACCAAUAAAACUUGAGAGCAAACGACAAAAUUAGGGUUACCUCCAAUAUGCUAAUAAACUCGAUCAAAGUAAUAAGGCACAAAAUUAGACACUCCGUAUCUAUCAGUUCCAGUAGUUUGAAUAAAGAAUCGACUUAGCUUCAAAAACCAUAAACCUAAAGGUCCAAUAGUCACCACUCUCUGUUGUAGAACCAAAUUUUUAUCUCAAGAGACAUAUGUUUCAAUAAAAAAUUCAAUCUCUAAUCCUCCUUCUACAACUCCAUUUAUUGAACUCCGUUCUAUUUGUCAUGUAUUGAUAUCAGAGUUGAAAUCUUCUACUUGCCUAGCUUAAAUCCCCAAUAAUAAAAUCGUAGUGCCAAGAGAUACCAAAAGAUUGAUUUCAAAGGAGGCCUUGUAUUGAAAAGUGAAAGGGGCGUAAACUAUUGCACGAUAGAGGGAAUUUCGAAGGAAGUUAAAAGAGAUAAGAACAAAGAUAAAAAAAAGCACUAAAUUUAAAUUUAAAUUGAAGAUUUCAAGGAUACAACACGCAGUAACAUAAUUAGUUUCUUCUAUGGUAGCCAAUUACCAAUCUACCUUUAGCAAAAAAAUUAAGGCGAGAGCAAAAAAUUUAAAAUUGAGAAAAUUACAUGAAACUCUAGCUACUAUGAAAACUGAAGUAUCAAACACCAUAAAAAUAUAUACGGUAGACUUAGUGGGCAUGGUAAUCAUGAUGGAAAAUUCAUCCAAUUUUCAGAGUCUAACUUUGUGUAUGCUUUGUACUAAAAAAGAUACAACAAAUUUGUUUAGUGUAAUUGGUUGUGAUUGUUGUCUUUGUUUUAAGAGACCCAGGUUCGAAUCCUCAUAUUGAUAUUUUUAUAUGAGAUAAAUAAUUAAUUGUAAAGACAAAAAUAUCCUUCCUACUUUCACUCUCGUUGCAGGAAAUUUGAAAUGGAGAAAAGUUCACAAAACUCUACCAUAUAUUAUUGGAGGAUUGCAAUGGAACUACAUCAUUAUAAAGGAAAAAAUAACGGUUGAUCUCUUCAAUAGAAAGGUCAACAAAUUGGUUAUUACUUUAUGAGGUGUUUGUGUAAGGAAGUGGUUAAGUAUCAUAUAUGGGCUUUUAUAAGAUCCAGCAUAACCUUCUCCCAACAACUCGAGUUAUUGGGAUCAAUUGGUUUUUCACAUGAUAUCAGAGCUGUAUUGUCCUUGAGGUCACGUGUUCAAGUCCUCACGACCCCUAAUAUUAACCUUUGUCUUUCAAGCACAUGGUAUGACGGACGUGUGCAAACUUCAAGUCCAGGUUUUUUUACUACAGUUUGAACAUGAUCCCACUAUUAGAAAAUGAACUCGAAGAAGUACCACAGGAAAAUAUGAACAUUUCCAGAAAAAUACAUAAAAUAGUCUGGGUUAGUCCAUUUCGUUGGACGAGCCAGUUCUCCCCCCUUUCAUUACCAUUUUCCCCCUCUCUGUAGCUUCAUCUGCAGGGAUAGAGCGAGUGACGAAACAAUGGCGGAAAGCGGAGGAGGAAUUGCACACAGGCUAGCCAGCUGGAGGUGCUGCUGCGUUUUCAAGGAGUUGAGUUUCAUCGAACAGGCGAAGGACACGAACCAAUCUCCGAAACGUUUCGAUGAUUCCUCCUUUCAAGAAGCACCUCUUCGCCUCCCGCUGGCGAUCGCUAGGCGUCAGCUACCGCAUUCUCAGGUCAGCUCUCCGUCUCGAGACUUCUGGCGAGCUUCGUGUUUGGUUCCUUGGAAAAUGACCAAGUAGGAGAAGUUCCUCGCGUCUCCAUCGCCCUGUCCUCAGAAUUUCCCCUUAGCUAUCGAGAAUUGUUUGAGCUGUUUGAGCAUUUUCAGUGAUUGCUUAGGGCUUUGCUUGAAAUUCGCCCCUCCUGGAAAGCACAUUCCAUGAUAGUUUAGCCAAAUUUCCAUGACUAGAGUUGUGGUUUGUGAGAAUGAAAUUGCUUGCGGUCAAUUGAAUCAAUUUGUUGGUUUUCAUCGUUAACGUAUUACUGUAUUAGUGCUUGAGCCGCCAUGUUGGUAAGUUCAAGUGUUUAUUCAAUUCACCUCUAAGUAGAGGAGGAUUAGGUCAACAAUCGUGUCUUAGGAUUGAUCUAAGAAUGGGGUUCUACUCUGAUAUCUUGAUGCUCUCUCCUUAGUAUGGAUGCUCGAGAGAAAUCAACUUCUACUGUGCUCGAAUCAUCAAAGCACAAGAGGGUACCGGUAUUCGUUGUGAUGCCCAUUGACACGUUUGGUGCUGAUGCUUCUGGGAGUCUAAGGAUCAAAAGGCGAGCUUGAAUGCAAUGUAGUUAUGAAAUGGAAGUUUCUUUUACUGUCCGCAGUGUAGAGUGCAGUAAGGGAUCUUUUUUGCCUUUCUGUUAACAUGGUUGUGAAUGCCCUGAUAAUGACAUGUCGAUGGAAUGGUCGGACGAGUCUGAUUAUUGAAUUGAAUGCACUUCUAGUAUCUUCAGGUGUAUAUUACAAUAUCAUUAUAUAUGAAAAUUUGGGCGGUGAUGCUAUAUUGUCUUUUCAUAUUAUCCUCUUUGGUGGUGAACUGGAGUGACAACCCCUGCUCUAUUUUCCUUGGUUUCAGACUCAAGGCGUUAACUGUAUCUCUAAAAGCUCUCAAACUGGCUGGUGUGCAUGGAAUUGCGGUAGAGGUUUGGUGGGGAAUUGUGGAGCGUUUUGCUCCUCUUGAAUAUAAUUGGGGCCUUUAUGAAGAUCUUUUCAGACUGAUUUCAGAAUCAGGGUUGAAGUUGCAUGUUGCUUUGUAUUUUCAUUCAAAUGUACAUCAGCAUAGAAAGUGGGGCGUGAGUCUUCCUCCAUGGAUUGUUGAGAUUGGUAAAAGCAACAAGGAUAUAUACUACCGAGACAUAAGUGGUCUGUCCAAUGCUGAUUAUCCCACACUAGGAGUGGACCGACUACCUCUAUUUUAUGGACGAACUGCUCUCCAAUGUUACGAGGACUUCAUCGUCAAUUUCCUUAACAAAUUUAAGCCCUAUAUUGGGAGUAUAAUUGAAGAAAUAAGUGUUGGUCUUGGUCCUUCUGGGGAGCUAAGGUAUCCAGCACAUCCUCUGGGUGACGGAAGAUGGCAAUUUCCUGGAAUUGGUGAAUUCCAAUGUUAUGACAAAUAUAUGAUGGAGGACUUGAGGAUCGCUGCAUGUCAGGUGGGAAAGCCAGAAUGGGGAGAUCGGGGACCCCAGAAUGCUGGUUGUUACAAUAGUCUUCCACCAGGGGUACCUUUUUUCGAAGAUGGACAGGAGAACUUUAUAUCUGAUUAUGGAUGCUUCUUCCUUGAAUGGUACAGUGGCAAGCUAAUCUGUCAUGCAGAUGCUAUCCUGGCUAAGGCAGCUAAUGCAUUGAGGAAGUAUCAGCAAACUGUAGAAACAUCGGUUCUAUUGGUUGCUAAAAUUGGAGGAAUAUACUGGUGGUACCAGACUAUAUCGCACCCUGCUGAACUUACAGCUGGUUACUACAACACUGCUCUCAGGGAUGGUUAUGAUCCUCUUGCAUCAAUGCUGUCCCGUCAUGGUGCUGCUUUGCAUAUUCCGUAAGACUCUGAUACUCACCUUCUGCAUCUAAUGCUGUUGCACUGGAAUUUAUGACACUUGUACGAAAUAUAUGUAAUCAUUGUGAGUUGUAGGCCAUACUAUAUUGUCUUUGUUUGAUAUAUUGGAUCUUAUAACGCGUGGUGUGCAGACCUAACUUGUUUCUGUUGCUACUUCCCCUUUAGAAAGGCUGCUGUUUUGUUUUUUGUUGUUAUAUUUCAAGGGAGUGAUUUAUGUGACUUGAACUACAUGUGCUUUUAUUCAACUAUUAUAGUUAACUCUGUUUUUACAGUUUCAAAUGUUGUGCCUUUACGCAUGCUCAUUCGUUUUGUAAUUUUCUAGCAGCUGCCUAGAAAUGAUGGACAACGAGAACCCACCGUCUUAUCGUUGCAGCCCUGAAGGCUUACUUCAACAGGUUUUGCUUCUUUCUCAACGGGCAUAUCUUAUUUCUGUGUACUGAGUUUAGAGUUCUAGGUAGCCAGUUUCUUUACCCAAGUUACUCUGAUCAGAGCUUAUGUGAUCGUAUCUUUUUAGCAUUUCAAGCUGAGUUGAUUUUUCACUGAUACAGAUAUGCAAAAUUUCAAAGAAAAGAAUACAUUUGAUUGGACGAAACACUAAUGAACGGUUGGAUAAAGUAAAGGAUAUCUUGUUUAGUAGCAUUGCCUGUUCAUGUCCACUUGUAUGAUUUCCGAUCUAGGGAGGGAGGAUUCACUGAGUCUGCUUUUUGUUUAUGAUUGCUCUUUUCUCUCAAGAUUUUUCUCGAUAUGAUGAAUAUGUGCCAUUUUCUUGCAGACGGGAUUGAGGCAAAUACUGGCCAACUGUAAUCACCCGCAGGCAGAAGCUGUAAGGUCAUUUACUUAUUUCAGAAUGAACGAAAAAAUCUUCUCGGUAGAAAACUGGAACAAUUUUGUUCCCUUUGUUAGAAUGAUGAGUUCAGAUUAUUGAACUUCUCAGGUAUGUUCUAACCAUUAAUUGUAAAGAAGAACACAGCAUCUCCUUCCAUCUCAUCUUUUUAUAUGAGGGCGGGGGAGGUUGUUAGUGGCGAUUUUAGAGUCAUUGCAGAUCAAAUCCCUGUGUCUGGCCUCAGUUACUGAUAAGAUUUCUGGCUUCUGAUAAAGUUCUUAACGAAUCGUCGCCAUUUUAUACCGUAGAAAUCACAUUGGUCCUAAGAUUUCUUUCAUAUUGGAUUUCGUCUUUCUGAGUUUGAUCUGAUUGGGGCAGCUCCCCCGGUUGCCCAUUGUGGCCGAGGCUGCUGACAGGCAAGUUCUUUGAGGACACAUUAAUUGUGUAGAGGAACAAAGUUCUAUCUGGGUUUCCUUUUGGUUAGUUUGUUGAUGCUUAUAGUAAUAGUGACGCAGUUCAAUCACUCACAACCUUGUUACAUGAGCUGGAAUUCGGUCGAAUUUGUUCUUGGAACAACUGGUACAGUGGUACCAGUAUAUGAAGCUAUGAAUUAUAUUGUUGUUCUUGUUGUCUGUAUAUUCAUUCAUGGUGGAACGUGGGAAUAUCAGAUCAAUGAACGGUCUGCUGUCAUUGAGAAGUUGGUCUCGUUGUCUACCUUGCUGUAAUUUAAGGUUCUUGAAUUUGGUUUUCAGUUCAAGAUGAAUGGAUGGACAUAUAGAAUUUGGGGUAGAUAAGGAAGAAGCAGCUGUAAGGUGAAUAUGCUGCUUGUUUCCCAUGUAUGCCAUAGAUGUGAAUAUGUUGCUUUGUUGUGCUGCUAAGUGCUGUCUGUAACCUUGGAACGCUGGUGGCUUGCGAAUCCAAAUGUUCUAUUUCUCAUUAGAUAUCUCCAGCGUAAGCACGUGAGAAUCUUUUGGAAAUCUCACUCAUUACCUGGAACACUUUGCUCACACACAAUGUUCAUGAAGCAGUGAAAUGCCCGAGAUUCCACCCGACGAGGAGGUUUGGCUGGGCUAUUAGGGUUAGAAUUUUGCAGUGACAAACUUUUGGAGAUGAUGGUAGUUAAUGAUAGAAGACAGCAAUACACGGAAAGAUGGAAG